AAUGAGAUUUAACUUUUUGGUUUCAUUUACAAAUGGCAUCUCAGCUCGAGAAGUGCAUGUGACACUCUCGGCCCCACUAGUCAAUGACGGAUAUCCCUGUCCAUCACGUUCCAUAAAAGAAGCUUGAGCUUGCAGUUUCCAGCCCCAGCUGAGCCACGGGAAGCUCUGGAUUCCGUAAUCCGUCAUACCUUCUUGUACCUUCGUACUCACACGAUCAAUUGAUAAGCUAAAGCUAAAAGUUGUGACGCAGCUUCCCCGGACCUACACCCUGAACCCCACUGGCCCUUCCAACGUUUCCAACGUUUCGAACCUACGAUUAACUUUCCAUUGACUUCCCUUCCGUCUUUGACAAAGUCGAUCAGAAUUCCAGAAACUCCGGUCCGACUUCUAUUUAUCUUCAUCUUCCCCCAUAUCAAGUUUCUCUAACCCAUAUAUUAACAUCAAUUUCGAUCCUUCCUUCAAAAUCAGCACUCCUCGCACCUCCUUAACUCUCAACCCCUAUUCCCCCAUACCAACCACAACAAUGGACGACGACAAAAAACAGCCUCUCCUCCAACCCACCCCCUCCGACCCUCCCCCAGACUACGAAACCGCCGCAGGCGAGCAAAUCCCCACACACCCCCUCCCAAUCCGCCCUCCCCCCGUCCGACGACCACCAGGCUCCCUCCUCGACCUCCCGAUCCUAAAAUACAUGCGCACGCACCGCACAAUCCUCGCCUCCUCCUCCCCGCGCCGCCGCGCCCUACUCUCCCAACUCGGGCUGCCGAAUCUCGAAAUCCGACCCAGCACCAAACCCGAAGACCUAUCCAAAGCCGAGCUCGGGCCUUGGGCCUACGUCUCCGCCACCGCGCAGCAAAAAGCGCUCGACGUAUACGCCGCCCUAAUCGCCGAAGCAGCAGAGAACCAAGCCUCCACCACCACUUCCACCAGUAUCGACGACACCAACCGCCGAGACCCGGACUUGGUAAUCGCAGCCGACACGGUGAUCGUAACGCGGGAAGGCGUGGUGUUAGAAAAACCGACAUCAGAAGUCUCGCACGUGAAGAUGCUGCGCCAUUUGCGAGACACAAGAUCGCACAAAGUGCUCACAGCGAUCUGCUGCGUGGCGCCACGAGCGGACGCGGCGCACCCGGGGUAUGCGAUGGCGUCGUAUGUGGAGGAGACGAAGGUGUUGUUCGCGCGGGAGAUGGACGGGUUGCCGGAUGAUGUGAUCGAGGCGUAUGUGCGGACGCGCGAGGGUGCGGAUAAGGCGGGCGGGUAUGCGGUGCAGGGUUUAGCGGGUGCGUUGCUAGUUGAGAAGGUGGAUGGGGCGGUGGAUAAUGUGGUGGGGUUGCCGGUGCGGAAGACGUUGCAGUUGUGUGAGAAGGUGGUUUUUAGGCAGGAUGAGACGAGUGAGGGGGAGGAGGAGGAGGAUGAGUGAGGGGUUGUAUCGAGGUAUACAGGUGUAGGUGUCAAAAGUUUAAAGAUCAUAAGAGGAUACGGCUAGGUACCUACCUAGACUCAGGCUUUAAAAUUAAAACGGAUUUAGUCGACGUAGAGGGAGGGAAUAUAAUGACAAUAGAUGACAUACAUAUCAAUGGACACAGAUGGCGGACCUUUGGUGGUAUGUACAAUUUUUAUGAUUGAUAUAUACUAUGCAA